AUGGCGAGCAGUGUUGCCAGCUCCGAGUCGAGUGUCGCAAGUUCAGAGUCGAGCGUUCUGAGCUCUGCUGCCAGUGCUGUCAGCUCGGCGGCGAGUGAAGUCAGCUCUCUGGCGAGUGUCGUCGCCACCACCACCACCGACACCACCACCACGCCUUCAACUACAGAUUCGACGACUGCCCCCCCACCGACGACGACGACGUCGUCGUCUUCUGUAAUCAUUGAGACAACCACCACCACUACCACAAGCUUGACAACGUCGCCCUCUACCUCCACCGUUCCAAUCACCACCACCUCUUCCUCUACUUCCCCACUGCCUUCACCAACGACAAUUUCUACUUCGACGACCGUCUCCACAAGUAGCAGCACCUCAAGUAUACCCCCUCCUCCGUCGUCUACUACCGCCAGCACCAGCACCAGCAGCACCAGUGUUUCCCCUCCUACAUCGUCCAGCAGCAACACCUCAAGCAUUUCCCCCUCUACAUCGUCUAUUAGCAGUACUACUACCUCAAGUGAUAUCCCCUCCUCUUCUUUCACGUUGUCCACUUCCUCUAUCUUCUCGACUUAUGCUUAUACUUCCCCUUUCGACCAUAGCUACCACUCCCAUUCCUACUACCUCUUCCCCUACCACCACGUCCUCGCCCCCUCCAUCAACAACGUCGUCAACGACGACGCCUUCUCCUUCUCCCACAACUUCGACUACCACUUCUCCGAUCCCAAGCACUACUACUAUACUUUAUCAGCCACAACUCCCUCUCCUUCGCCCACCACCACCACCACCACCACCACCACUUCGAUAACCACUCCGACCCCAACUCCCGUAUCUACUUCUUCCUCUACAUCUACUACUCCUUCAACAUCCUCAACCAAAUCGUCCACCUCCAGCACUUCCUCCGUCACUUCGUCUUCCUCUUCCGAAUCGAGCACCACAAGCACGAGUGAAACACCAGUCGUUGUCACCACUUCCAGUACCUCAGUCUCCUAUACAACUACCACGUCAUACGUCACUCAAGUCCUCCAAACCACGCAAAAUGGACAACCAGGAUAUACCACCAUUACAUCCACCGUGGUAGUGACAAACCCCGCCACCACACUCGUCGCUCCAGCAACUUUUACAAGCACUCCAGGCAGCGCCCCAACCCUCCUUCCAGCGAACAGCGGUGGCGGCAGCAGUUCGGGUCUGUCGACAGGCGCCAAAGCCGGUAUAGGGGCCGGUGUCGGCAUUCUUGUUCUGGCUGUCGCUAUUUUUGGCGGCUGGUACAGCUGGUUCAUGAGACGGCGGAGGAAACGAGACUCCUACCCCCAUGAUCAUUUUUCAGAUGAGCCACUACCCAGCAUGACAGGGCUCGGCAUCGCCGGCGGCGGGGCCGCAGGCAUGGGAGCCAUGGCAGCGAUAUCGUCAGGUUAUCGUGACACCUCGAACCGUUCCGACACGCGUUCAGAGCUCCCAUCUCCUCCUAUUCCAUCUCCUCCGCCUCGGUCUCCAGACCGGCUUCUUCCCGCCGGGGUCGUCCCCUUCAGAUACCGAGGCUCCAACUCACCGCCACCAGGCCAAGGCGACUCCCACAUGUCUGUCUCAGACCAGAGUGAGUACUCACAAGGAAACAACCAAUUUCAACCGGGCGGCCAAUACCCUUCAGGGCCAAACGCAGCUGGAGCAGGCUACUUCACCAAUCUCAACGAACUACCUGAAGACCAGAGAAACGUCUACCAGCUGCCGGAUGACCAAGUCUCCAACCCCAUGUCGCACCAAAGCUACCAACAUGCUAACAUGGGCCACGAUGGAUAUUGGUCUGGGCAACCCUCUGCACCGUCGGCGCCCUCAGCACCCUCUGCCCCCUCUGCGCAGGAGUCGUAUGAGUUGCCCGGACAAGACCCCACGCCUGCGCAGCCGCAGGGGGGACAGGGAGGGUAUCGCGGCGCGGAUCGAGAGGUUCCUCUCCAUCAACGCAUGGAGGGCAGGGUGCCAUAUCGGCCAGGCCAUCUACCGCCUUCGCACAAUUACUAG